AUGUUAAAGCUCCAUACUACAAUUUUCGUAUUUCUUCUUGCGAAUACUCCGUUUUUCAUCUUUAUCGUUCUCAGGUUCACGAAUGAAGAGCCGCCAAAACAGCAAACAUUGGAUUUAAUUCCCAUCCUGGAUAUUGACGAAGGCGUUGUGAAGCCAUCUGUGAACAACAGUGAUCGCCAAAUAUUUUUCAUCGAGACGACAUGUGCGGAAGUAUGUGAUUGCGGCACCGUUUUCGACAACCGUCGAAUUUGCGGCUUUGAAUCGACAGUUCGUCUUCAUCCAGAUUCACAAAUUUUCAUCUUGAUCGUGAAUUCCGACUAUUUUGAGCCGGCUUACGACUUUGAACCUACGAAGAAACUCAUGGAAUUUAAAAAUAUUCAUUUUAGGUCAAUUAAUUUGGAAAAAUUCUCUAAAGGAACUCCGUUAGAGCAAUUUUUCGCAACUAAAAGAUACACAAAAUCGAGAUUUAUGAAAACUCACCUGUCGGAUAUCUUGCGUUAUUUGGUAUUAUGGAAGUAUGGCGGCACGUAUUUGGACUCUGACAUGAUUUGUUUGAAGAAUCUCGAUGAUCUGGGCAGCAAUUGGGCUUCUGAUGAGGGAGAUAAGUCCGUUCAAAGUGCCAUGAUGAAUCUCGGAAAUGAUGAUUUGGGCAGAACGCUGGCAAAAAAUUUCUUAAAUGAAGUAAACACAAGAUUUAAUGGCAAAAAAUGGGCAAUUAAUGGUCCUCAAUUAGUGACGAGAGUUCUGCAACGCUUUUGUAAGACGAAAAGUAUUUAUAAAAUGAUGAAGCAAACGUGUAAGGGUUUUAAAAUUUAUCCGGGUACGAAAUUUGCUCCCGUAAAUUGGGAAAAGGCAGAAGAUUACUUCAAGGAAAUAUCAAGCAAUGAUACCAUGAGUGUUAUAAAUGAUGCGUAUACAGCUCAUAUUUUUAAUCAUAUAACUUUUAACCUUAGAGUACUGAAGAAUGCAAGUGUUCCAUACGCAAAAUUGGCAAAUCAAUUUUGUCCCGAUAUGGUUUCGUAUCCUAAAAAAAAGUGUAUUUAG